AUGGGUGAUACGAAUGGACAAGUGGUAGCUGGUGGCAAUGGCGAAGGAAAUCGAUUGAAUCAACUGAAUUAUCCAACCGAUGUGUUGAUUGACAAAGAGACGGAUAGUCUCAUUAUUUGUGAUCCAGGGAAUCAACGAGUCGUACGAUGGUCUCGUCGUAGUGGCACAACUCAAGGAGAAAUCCUCGUUGACAACAUCUCGUGUUGGGGAUUGGCCAUGGAUGAUCAGAGAUAUCUUUACAUCUCUGACAUCGGCAAACAAGAAGUAAGACGAUAUCAAAUAGGAGAUAAGAAUGGAACUCUUGUAGCUGGUGGCAAUGACAAAGGUAUUGGUCUCAAUCAACUCGACGUUCCGACCUACAUCUUUGUCGAUCAACAACAGACUGUCUACGUGUCAGACAACUACAAUCAUCGUGUAAUGAAAUGGAAUAAAGGUGCAAAAGAAGGGAUUGUCGUCGCUGGAGGUCAAGGCCAAGGGAAUGCUCUGACACAAUUGUCGUAUCCUAACGGACUGUUCGUCGACACAUUGGGUACCAUCUAUGUGGCAGACUCGUUCAAUCAUCGAGUAAUGCGUUGGCCUAAAGGAGCGAAACAGGGUACUGUCAUUGUGGGUGGAAAUGGUGAAGGAAAAGGAGCAAAUCAGUUCAGCUAUCCCUGGGGUUUGUCCUUCGAUCGACAUGGCAAUCUCUAUGUCGUCGAUUGGAACAAUCAUCGUGUUCAACGCUUUUCAAUCGAAUAGACUCGUCGCGAUAGAUUUUUUUUUGCGUUCCUUUCGUUUCAAAUAAAUCGUAUUGAAUUGAUGGAAUGAAUGUCUAUUCUAUUCGCGCGCGCGCGACCAGGAACCAUCCUGGCGGAGCCAUGGCGAGCGUAACGCUCAUGCACGCACAGGACAGACUCGUAUCAUUCAUACCCUCCCCGUGAGAGAUAUGUCAAUGAGUCUGAAUAAGCCUGGUCGUGUGCCACGGACACCAAGAUAGUUCCUGGCCAGUGUUUAACGUCUAACCUGAGAAGACGAUCUAACUAACACUCAUAACUCUAUCUCACUCUCUCUCUCUAACUAUAAAGAAAAAAAAGAAAUGUAUACUUACAAUUCUAAUAAUUGAUAUUGAAUGUAAGACGAUGACUAUCUAGAAGAAAAAGAAAAAAAAAUUAUUUAGAUUUGUUUAAAUUUAAAAUAAGACUUACUUUCUAUUAUAUCUACUGAAAAGAGAAAAGAAAAAAAACACAUAUUUUCAGAAAAAUUAACAGGUUGCAUAUCGCUAACCCAUUAAUCUUAAUGAUAUAUAUAAUUUAAAAUAAGAAAAAAAAAUUAAAAUAAUACCCACAUAUUUAUAUUGUAUUGCU